CAGAAUGCUCCAUAUGGCGUAGGCUCGGGAAAUAUCGUUUUAGAUGAAGUUAGCUGUAGAGGUCCAGAAACUUCCAUCGGAUGUUGCGUCCACAACGGAUAUAUGGUGCAUGACUGUCAACACAAUGAGGCCGUCGGAGUUGUAUGUUUCUCCGUACACUUGGUUGGAGGGUCAACGCCAAGAGAAGGGCGUAUAGUUGUGACACUAGGAACCACAGAGGGAUCUGUUUGUGAUGAUUCCUGGGACAACGACGACGCCAGGGUUGUCUGUAGAAUGCUGGGAUAUAGUGGUACUGCAGAGGCCGUCUCAUCGGCGCACUUCGGUGAAGGAAGUGGACAGAUUUGGAUGGAUGAUGUCAACUGUAGAGGUAGUGAGACAUCUCUUGCAAAGUGCUCCUUCGCAGGUUUUGGUAGACAUGGCUGUUCUCAUUCCGAAGAUGCUGGUGUCAUAUGUCAUUAAACAUUUUCUAUAGUUAUAAAUGUACAUUUUAUAUACGUUUUAUACAUGUUGAUUGUU